CUGGCUGAUGUUUCCUCCUCAAUUUCUUACGACAACCGUUACAAAACCGCCUCGUUACGCUCUCUAAAACGGACCCUUUAUUCAAUCUUUUCAUGCCUAUUCUAAUAUCCACUUCAACGGUUUUGAUUCCACCUCAAAUCUGAGAGACAAGUCACGGGAGUCACCCGUUUAUCAUAAAAAGGUUCAUAUUUUAGAUCCAGAUUUUGCUUGAUACCACCGGAAUCUCAGACUCUGUUUCACUAAGUGGCAGGAAGUAUUGGGUGGAGUGGAAUGGAAGUUACCGCUUUUUAUGAGACCAACUCAACAUUAGAUUCAGAAGAUUGGGAAAGAUAUAAUAUCUCUAGGCUAAUGUCAUGGUUCCUGGAAAGAUCUGCAAUUCAGAAGAUUAAUAUGGAUCUAUAGAGUGACAAUUUUGUGAAAGUCAGAAGAUGACCUUUCAGUCUGAGGAAGAGAAAACUGAGGAUUAUCUUUUUAAGAUUGUUCUAGUUGGCGAUUCUGCUGUUGGAAAAUAAAAUUUACUUGCAAGAUUUGCAAGAGAUGAGUUCCACCCUAGUUCCAAAUCAACCAUAGGAGUAGAGUUCCAGACUCAAAAGAUGGAUAUUAAUGGAAAGGAAAUCAAGGCACAGAUCUGGGAUACAGCAGGUCAGGAGCGGUUCAGGGCUGUUACAUCUGCAUAUUACCGAGGUGCAGUUGGAGCUCUUCUGGUGUAUGACAUCAGUAGACGACAGACAUUUGAGAGCAUUGACAGAUGGCUAAAUGAACUUCACACGCACUCAGACAUGAAUGUAGUAACCAUACUAGUAGGCAACAAGUCAGAUCUCAGGGGCGCGAGGGAGGUAACAACUGAGGAGGGGAAGGGCUUGGCACAGCAAAAUGGCUUGUUUUUCAUGGAGACUUCAGCUCUAGAUUCCUUGAAUGUUACAGCUGCCUUUCAGACUGUUGUCAGAGAGAUCUACAAUAUAUUAAGUAGUAAAGUGAAGAAAUCACAAGAGCUGAAAAACAACAAGGAUUCCACCCCAUUGCCAAAUGCAAAGACUCUGGUUUUAGGAGAGAAAACUGAAUCAGCAGCAGCAGCAGAAAAUGGGGCGCCUAAAAAUGCUGGAUGUUGUUCAACUUAACAUGUAACAAUCUGCUCAAAUUGGCUAGUGAACUGAAAAAUUCAGCAAGGUCCCCCGUAUUUCUCCUCCUCCAUGUGUUCAGUUUCUUGAUCUUGUUGAAAUGUUAUUUAAUUUUUUCUUCUUUUUUGGCUUGUUUAUUAUGGAUGAUUAAUGUGGUUGAGCAAGGAUUAACAAAUGUAAAUGACCUCACUUAAUAUUUUCUUAUGUUAUGUUGUUAUCCCAUCUUAUCA